AUGCACGAUGUGAGCGCCGAUCUUGCGACCUACUUGCGAGAACACGCGAAAACUGACCGUGUAGGGUCCCAAUACUAUUUGGAGCAUCGACACAGGCGAGCGAGCAAGGGUGUCGAGGACGUAGCCGACUCCGACUCGGAGCCCGAGCCUGAGGCCGAGCCUGAGGCAAAGCCGUGGCCAAUUGUCACCCUCAACCAGACUUGGGAGGAUCACUAUCGCCGAAUGUUGACCUUGAUCUACCCUCUGGCCGCCGAACUUGGAGCUGCGGGCAUGCUGGCUACUGGAUCCACAUGGCGCAGCUAUGUGUACGCCUCGAGUGAAUUGCUGCUCCUUAGCAACCCUCUCCUUACUGUCGAAAGAGCCAAGCUGCUUGUGAUCAUGGGGAUCAGGCUUUGGCACCUGGCCAAAUCCAUCCCAGUUAAGGGUGUCUUCGACAUCAUGGACAACGGCGUACCUCUGCCCGUCUCGGUUGGUGUCCUUCGAAGCGCAGUGCAUUGGUGCGUUUACUUCAUGUGGCGGGAAGUCGACUUCAAGGCCCAGAAGCUCGUCUACAAAUGGUCGCGGCUUCACGAAGGCUUAAGUUUGGCGAUGCCGGAGGGCUUCCUGCACUACACCACUUUCAUGUGGCGCCUGUCCGUGUAUGGUGACCUCUUCGCUCGUGCUGUCCGCAAGCAACUUCGCGCCAUGAGAGAAGACAAGUCCAUCAACGAGCAGCACGAACAAAGUGAGGAUGAAGAUGAGGAGGAGGAGGAGGAGGAUAAGGAGGAGGAGGAUAAGGAAGAGGAGGAGGAGCACAAAAGCGCGAGCGACCGCUCCGGCAGCUCCGGCAGUUCUGGAAGCUCCGGAAGCAGCAAGGACCAGCACGACAGGAACACCAGUGGCGAACCCACGACUGAUUUAACGGAUGCGAUUCUCCUGUCCAAGGGCAGCGGAGUACAAGUAGUGUUGGGCAGGACACGUGGCAGUGGAGAAAUCCUUGUGCGCAAGACGAUGGAAACGUUCGAGCCCUUCAUCGACAUCAACAACAACAACGAGUUCAAGGCCUACAAGCUCCUGCAAGGCAAAGGUCUGGCGCCCAGGCUCCUUGGCCAUCGCUCAUUUGGCGAGUACUACUUUGAGCUUGACCUGGAGUACCUACCACCAUACACCAUCAAACCAACCGACAGGAGUGAGAUGCAGACCUUCGCACGUGGGUUGCUCCAGGUCAAGUUGAUCGAUUUCGAAUUCAGUCUCUCGCCAGGAAGCAGCACGGACGACGUGGUAUGCUGUGGCACGCCAGGGUAUCGCGCUCCUGAGUGCGCACAAGCUGCGCGCGACCAAGACUACACAGUGAGCUCCUACACCUUUGCUAUCAUGUUCCGUGCGGCAGGCCUUGUGCUCCUGGAGGAGCUGCUGGACAUUCAGUAUCUCUACGAACAUCAGCGGGAGAGCGAGGCGCUGACUGCCUACCUGGCACAGCUGAUGGCUGAGGGCUUGUCACACAAGGAGCGAUGCGACCGCCUUGCGAGCAAACUGAAAGCCAUGAGGUUGAAAUGCGGCAAGCGGCCACCGGUUGUGCUGCUGGGUGAGGAAGCCGGCGCCAUGGCGCUGGACCUUGUACACAAGCUCACGCAGCACUCGGCGCGCAUCGUUGUAUUUCCCUUUGAGUCCGACAUGUACAUUACAUCACGACCUUGA